AUGGGGACCUUUUGGCCUCCCUCUCUCUCCCGGGGCCCCCCCCCCCCGCCUCUCUCUCUCUCUCUCCUCUCUCUCUCUCUCUCUCUCUCUCUCUCUCUCUCUCUCUCUCUCUCUCUCUACUCCCUCGCCCCUAACUUUCUUGGCUGUCUCACCUCUUUUCCUGGCUUCCUCUCUCUCUCUCUCUCUCGCUGCCAACGGCCGCACGCCAAGCGGGCAGACGCUGGUUUCAUGGACAUGUCUCCUGUCAUGGGCUUUGCCGAGGCGCCCGCCAAGACCGGCCUGGGCACCCCUGAUCCCUUUUGUUACCUUCCUUUUUCCCUCGCCGAGUGGGACUUUCAGAACGACUGCAAUGGCGAGCCGCAAUUUCUUUCAGCCUUUUGUGAGGAUCAUGCCAACGUGAAGGGCGAUGCUUUGGUCAUGACGCUGGACAACAACAACUGCCACACCAGCUCCUCCGACUCUUGCCACGAUCGCAAAACAGCUGGUGCUGCCUUUCAGUCUCGUGAGUCGGUCAAGUAUGGCAACAUCACGUUUCGCGCCAAAAUUGCUGGCGGUAGCGGCGUCACGACCACCCUGGUUGCCUAUGGCAGUGCCAGCAUCGGGUUUACGUUUGAUGGGGGCAAGGGCAACUCCACCACCUUCAACGCCGGUAACGAUUACUUUGGUACUUCUUUGCCAUUUGAUCCCUACAGCGGCUUUCACGACUAUACCUUUGUAUGGGGCCCGAAUAGCACCGAGUUUCUUGUCGACAACAUCUCGUAUCACGUCCACAACUCGAGCGUCACUUCAGACAGCCUCUACAUUUGGGCUUUUCUCUACGCCUGCGGCGCCUCGUAUUGUACGCCCUUCUCGUACUCGGGCCCCACGGAUAUAGCCCUGGCCAGCGUGGCCUACACCCCGUUGGGUGAGACCCCCACGCCCAACUGCAGCAACCCACCUCAACCUCCUUCCUUCUGUGAUCAGGAGCAGAGCCUUGGCAAAUUCUACACCACCCAGACCGCCUGCUACCCCGCUGCUGCCACCAUCUUCAAUGCCUCCCUCUUUGGCUUCUGCGCCAGCCAUGCCCUGGCCGAUAACACGACAAGCUACCUGGCCAUCCAGGCCGAUCAGAACAUGAGUUGUUAUCUGCCCAACGAUUGCCGCGGCCAGGCCAAGUAUGCCGUGGGGCAGUGGCAAGGCCCCUCCUACGUGCACCUGGGCCAGCUCACCCUGGACCUGGCCGCCAACUCGGGGGACCAGUGGGGCACUGGAAUUCAGCUGGGCGACGCCAGCAACAACGUUACCCUUCAUCUGGAUGCAGACGUUAAGCAAGCCUACAUUGCAGUCAAUGGCAACCAGCAGACCGUGUCCCUGAACUUUGACGCAACCCAGCGCACCACAUAUGUCAUCCGCAUCAGCUACACCAAUGUGACUGUCGGCACGAACCAAGAAGAAUUGGCCACCUUUCAAACACCCACCACCUUGCCACGCAUGAGCAUGACGAUGCUCUUGUAUCCACGCACAGCCAUGCCCAAUAACGACAGCGUGCCACAGGCCCGUCUCUAUCGAGCAGCCUACACGGCCCUGGGUGACGCCGCGGCCAGCUGCGACCAGCCGCAGCUGACGCAAAUCUGGUCACAGGAUUUUGACGGCAGUGCCCUGGAUGGGAACUGGACCGUCUACGACAACUGCACCCAUGGUUCUGAGGAGGAACUCUACGUCUCCAGUGCCGUCACCGUGUCAGACGGCACGCUCAAGCUCACCGCCUUUUUGUUUGAGCAUAAUGAGACGGAUCAAGCCGGUCAUAGUCAUUUUGUGGGGUCCGGCUGGGUCGACACGGCAAGCAAUCGCAGCAACUAUGCUCUCAAUGACUGCGGAUCGAAGAACCCAGACGGCUUUUCCCUUCAAUAUGGACGCAUCGACGUCAACGCCAAGAUUCCCUCGGGUCAUUUCUGGCCGGCCAUCUGGAUGAUGCCCGAUGCGGAUGUGUGCUGGCCUACGGGUGGGGAGGUGGACAUUUUGGAAACAGAUAUUUGGCGGAGCAAGUCCCCGCCCUAUGAAAUUAUUGGAACCUAUCAUUGGUCGUCUUCACAGUGCUAUGCCAACUCGCAAAGCGGACAGGACUACGGGGGCUGUCCUGGGUGUGACUUUUCAAAUAGCUUUCACACGUACUCGGUCGAGAUGACGCCGCGCACGCUGACCUAUUUGAUUGAUGAUACGCCCUACCAUACGGUCACGCAGGUCAUGACCAGCGAUACGCUCCCUCAGCACCCCAUGUACCUCAUCCUGGGCAACCAGAUGUGGCAAGGCUGGAACUUUGUGGACGAACUGCCCGCUUCCUUUGAGAUUGACUGGGUCAAGGCCUACCGUUUUCAAUAA